AAAAAAAUAAGUUUUGUGAAAAAAAGGACAUAAAAAUUUUAUCAAGUGAAAAAAAUAAAUUUAUGGCAUCAGCAGUUCAUCGUACAAUGACAUUAGGACAAAAUUUAGCCAUGCAUUCAAAUAACUACAUAAUGCUCCCAACAAACGUGAUGCAAUCGGCCCAAAAAUCACAGCCGAUGUAUGGAAAACGACCAAUUGCACCAGCACCAACAGUUCUCACAUCGAACGGUGCCAAUCAAGUGCAAUUAAAUGUUCAAAAGAAAAAAUACAAUUAUGGAUCAAUGCAGUAUCCAGCAACACAAACUGCAUCAGUUCAACGACGCAAUGCACGCGAGAGAAAUCGUGUAAAGCAAGUGAAUAAUGGAUUCUCAAAUUUAAGACAGCAUAUUCCAUCGACAAUUGUUACAACAUUGACGAAAGGUGGACGUGGUGCUAGCAAAAAAUUAAGUAAAGUUGAUACAUUGAGAAUGGCAGUCGAAUAUAUUCGUGGAUUGAAAGAUUUACUUGAAGAUGGUGAAAAUAGUGAUUCAGCAAGUGCCAGUACAAGUUCAUACUAUUCAGACAAAUCACAAUUCUUACCAAGAUCGGAAGCAUCACUGUCACCAACCCCAUCAUAUUCAUCUGAAGCAUCAAGUACAAUGAGUUAUACACCAAAUCACAUCCAAGGACAUCAAUUGAACUUCAAACAGGAACCAUUUGACAAUUAUGUUGAGCAAUCAACAUCACCUGCUCCAUCAUAUCAUUCAGAGGUCAUGACACACCAUCAAAUUGUUCAUAAUCAUCACCAAAUGUAUCCAACAUCAUCGACACCUUACAAACCCGUUCAUCCUACAUAUGAGAAUAAUUAUUCGCCAGUCAGUGCCGAUGAUGAUGAAUUACUUGAUGCAAUUGCAUGGUGGCAAACACAGUAAAUAACGAGAAAUCGACGGAAUGAGAUGAAAAUAAAUUUUUGAAGAUGUCUACUUGAUACUCAUCACCAAAUAAAGAUUUGCACACCGAAAUAAAAAGAAGAAAGUGUGUUGCGUGCAGCAGCAAAACAGCCAAAUAAAAAACGAACAUCAUAAUUAAUUAAAACCAAUGAGUUCUAAGCAUUUUUAACGUGAGAGAGUACAAAUUAAGUUAGAGACAAUUUAUGCCAUGCGGCUGAUUACGAUUUAAGAGUACAACUGGCAUUGGCACACAAGUUAAUUGAAAUGCAGAAUGUUGCGGCAUGUCCAGAAGCCGAUCAUUAUCAAUGUGACUUGCUGAUGAUUCAAUUUCAUGAUUAGGACGAGAUGCAGCCUGCGAUUAGAUCCAAUGGAAAGUCAAAUUUGUAAAUAAUUAAUGGAAGACAAUAAACUUUAGGAUUAAGGGACGGACUAUUGGAUCAACGAGGUAGAUCGAAUUUAAAAAUGAAGUUUGGAUUGGCAGUGACUCGAGGAGAAGAAGUUGGGGAUUCUUAAGAGAAUUUGAAGCAAUUCAGCUCAAUUCAGCUACAACUUAGCUCAGUUCAGCAAAAUUGCAUCCCAGUGAAUUUAAAACCUUAAAAAUCCACAACUUUACUAAGCAUUUAAUCAAAAUAACUUUGAUAUUGUCAUAAUUAGACUGAGAAACUUAAAAUCAAGAGAUAUGAGGUUAUUAGAAGGUACUAAGUAUAAGAUCUUAAAUAAUUAAUUAACUAAAGUUGUUCUAGU